AUGUGUGAUAAAAACUCAUUAGUUGGGGGCUUUCCAAUUUCUAUUUAAUCAAAUCAAACUGUUUGUCCUGCUUGCUAGCUAGAAUAUUAGAUUCCUUGCUAGCCGUUGAUAACUUAAAUAAUUGAAACUCAGCAAAUUUAAGCUCCACAUCAUUAGGAGAAUAAAGCUAGUACGAAUUAUUUUUAAACUUUCAGAAUGACUCAAUAGCUUAAGGAUUAUAUCACUGUGAAUUAAUGUAUAAUUCAACUAAGAUGUUGCUAAUUUUAAGCAAGCAAGAAAGUAUUUACUUCACACUUCCCUGAUUUUUGCUAAAUAAACUUGAACCAUUCACCCACUAGGAAAUAUAUAAAGCAAGAAUAACAAAAGAGAAUUGACUUCCCUAUUGACUUCAAGCUUGAUGAAUUUCAAUUCAAUAGUGAAAAUACAUUACAAAUUCAAAUAGACAAAGACGAAAUUGACGGUUGCUUCUAUUACUUUGGGUUAUUUGUUGUAAAAUAUUAUUCAGCAGAACAAAUAUUGGCAUCAAUUUCUCAAGAUUAAUCUGCCAUUAAAAACUUUAAAGAAUGCUAUGAUAGCAUUAAACGUCCAAAGCAGGAAGAGGACUGCGAUGAGAUGCAAUCGAUCUAACUUGCCCAUUCUCAAGAAGAGAUAUUGAAAUUCCUGCUUAGAGUUAAUAUCAAUCAAGUAAUUAUAAUGUAUUUGACUUGA